GACGUCACUCUUCCGAAAGUAGGAAGUGGCGGGGCUGUGAGUUGGAGCUUUCGUUGUUGUUUUUUCCCCCCUUUGAGUUUCCAAUUAAAACGAUCGAUGAUUUAUUUUUUAAAAUGAAAGUUCGACCGUCUCGCUCGUGGACAACUGUGCUGCACUUAAUCGUGAUCUCAGGGCUGAUCGUGGAGGCCAUAGAGCCCGUGUCCACCUCGCUGCUGCUGGGGACAGGAGCUGCAGUGCUGGGCAGGAAACUCUAUCACUAUUUAUAUGAAACAUGUGAUGAAAACUGGCUCAAAUUUAAUGCAACAGGACUGAAGCAUGACCUCGACAAGAAGCUGUACGGACAGCAUGUCGCUCAUCAGGUCAUCCUGAAAGCCGUCACAGGCUUCAUGAACAACGAAAACCCAAAGAAACCGCUGGUUCUGUCCCUCCACGGCUGGACUGGGACCGGGAAGAAUUUCGUGAGCCAGCUUAUAGCGGAAAAUAUUUACCAGAAAGGGAUGAAGAGCAACUUUGUUCAUCUGUUUACAGCGACAGCACACUUUCCUCACGAGGCUCACAUUGACAAGUACAAGACACACUUACAGGAGUGGAUACGAGGAAAUGUUUCUAUUUGUCCUCGUUCGAUGUUCAUCUUUGAUGAAAUGGAUAAAAUGCAUCCCGGGCUGAUCGACAGUAUUAAACCUUACCUGGACUUCUAUGACAACCUGAAUGGAGUCUCUUAUAGACAGGCCAUCUUCAUCUUCCUCAGCAACUCUGGAGGUGAGAAGAUCGUUGAGGUGGCUCUGGAUUUCUGGAAGGAGGGUAAAGAACGAGAGGAGAUCAAUCUGAAGGAUCUGGAGGUGGCACUGUCGCUCUCCGUCUUCAACAACAAAAACAGUGGAUUCUGGCACACAAGCUUAAUCGAUAAGAACCUGGUGGAUUUCUUCGUGCCGUUUCUUCCUCUGGAGUACAAGCACGUCAUUCAGUGUGGUUUGGCUGAGAUGGUCUCCAAGGGUCAUGCCCCAGAUAAAGAAGUGGUUGAAACCAUGGCUCGUGACCUGAACUACUUCCCUAAAGAGGAGCGUGUCUUCUCCAUGCAGGGCUGCAAGGUCAUUCCCGCAAGACUGGACUUCUAUGUUUGAUCGAGCGGAAAAAACAAAGACUCAAAGACAGCAAACUGGUUAUCUUCUGUGUGCUUUUAUUCCACUGAGGAAUCGCAGAGUUGCUCCUCAGAGUCAGACUGAAUAAUGCGGUCACGCUCCAUAAAUACUGUAACGCAGGGGAUGUUUUUACUCAAUCACAGGUGUUUCAUACACUAAUGGAGACUGUUUUAUUAAUGUUGGCCCAGCGGAUGAAGUCCUUGUUCUCAAGGGCAUUUCUGUUGAAGAUGAAACGGGAAGCUUUUUAAUUAAAUGACUUUGCACAUUGUGGAGCUCGUAGAAACACUGGCGGUCAGCGAUUUUUAUAAUGAUAUCUAUUAAUUAUGAAUGGGGGGAAAGUUAAUUUGCUUUUAUCUUGAAAUAUCACAGAUGCAUUCAUGUCUGCCUUUUAUAAAGUCGAGGAUGAAGAUCAGAACGACAACUUGAAUCUUAUUUUGAACAGUGAAACUUAAAGAUCAUUUGUGUUUCUAAUUUGUCACUGUCAGGAUUCAUUUUCGUGUCGUUGAUAUGUGCCACUGAUUCUGAUUGAAGGUUUUGUUGAGUAAAUCAAAGUGCCUGUUUGACUUAACAGAAGAAAAAAAACUUGAUUUAUACAUUAAUUCAUAUUUGAGAAAUUCUUGAAACUUUGAUUUUUCAGUUGCACCAAGAUAAAAUGUCAAAAUGCUUGAAGCACUCAAUCUGCGUAUUGAUUUUGAUAAAGCUGUAGGAUAUAAACAGACUGGUUCUUGAGAAUUCUAUGCAUGUUCACAUAGACAAUCUUUUUCAUUGAGUUUCCCAGUGGUCCACGAUUAACUGGAUAAGGAGUUUUAAAAUGAGACAUCGCUGAGACAGAUGUCCAUCAGACUUACCAAAAAACUAUGUGCCUAAUUAAUUAAACAUGCCCAAUUUAAUUUUU